CGAAUGAUCCACAAAAAAGGAGAGAAGAUUUUCGAGCGGAAGGGAAAAAACAACCAGACAGAGAGCAAAAAGUUACCAUCUUUUCCUUUGUUUCUCUGUUAUGGGUUCCAAUAAACGUUCAGCAACAUCCAUUUAUGGGUUGCUGCUGCUGAUCAUGGGAAAAAAACAGAGCUUCCAUGAAAGCAUGCUAGGAGCUUCACCAUAUUAAUCCGAUCUCCAGUGUCUGCAUUUGUUUCUUUCCCCCAGAGUCGAUGCUCUGUUCUUGAUUCGUCGAUUUCAGGGUUGGGUUUUCCUUCGGAUUAUGCGUUGGUGCUCUGUUUCGCAUUGAUAACCUCUGGGGUACGUUUUUUCCGCCGGAGAAAAAUGUACCCUAGCAGCUGCUGCUCCUCCUCCCUAGGGUUCCUCCUGCUGCUGCUCUUCUCCCUCGGGAUCCCUCGCGCCCUUUCCAAGACCAACUCUCAGGACGUGGCUGCUCUGAAUGUGAUGUACACGAGCUUGAAUUCUCCAUCGAAGCUGGACGGGUGGAAGGACAGCGGCGGUGACCCUUGUGGCGAUUCCUGGGAUGGAAUUACAUGCUCUGGCUCCAAAGUUACCGAAAUAAGGUUGUCAGGGAUGGGACUGACGGGAACUCUAGGCUACCAGCUCUCGAACCUGAAAUCCGUCACCUACUUUGAUGUGAGCAAGAACAAGCUCCAGAACGAGAUCCCAUAUCAACUCCCUCCAAAUGUAGCUUACUUAGAUCUUUCCAAGAACGCAUUCACGGGCAAUCUACCUUAUUCCAUCUCACUCAUGUCCGACCUCGAGCAUCUAGAUGUUAGCAAUAAUAAGUUGAAUGGGCAGCUGACUGAUAUGUUUCAGAAACUUCCUAAACUCAAAAUCAUGGAUCUAUCCAACAACCAGCUAUCGGGAGAUCUGCCGCAGAGUCUGUCAUUGCUCAAAAACUUAGCUCAAUUGUUCUUGCAAAACAACAAAUUCACAGGCAAAAUCACUGUGCUAGGGGACCUUCCAUUGGACGAGUUGAACGUGGCCAACAACAAGUUCACUGGCUGGAUCCCUGCCAAGCUCGACGAUAUCAACAGUUUAGAUACCGAUGGGAACAAUUGGUCGAAAGGGCCGGCACCACCGGGCCAGAAAUCGGCAGCUUCGGGUGGGAAAGGCGGCGGAGGAGCUCCGAUCUCGACCGGGGUGUUGAUAGCUUUGAUCGUGUUGGGAGUCGUCAUCAUCUUCGUGCUUCUCAUCAUCGUCUUCUUCUCGAGGAGAAAAUCCUCUUCCCCGUCGUCGUUCCUCGACGACGAGGAGAAGAGCCACCACCACCACCGGAAGUCCGACUUCACUCCUCUCACUUCCCAGGAGCUCUCUCCUCCUGCUUUCCCCCCACAUUUCCGCCGCGGCGACCCCAGAGAGUCGUUCGAGUCGGCCAACUCGAUCGACAUCAAGACGCUGCAGAAGGCCCCCUCGCAGAGCUACAAGCCGCCGCCCUACGACUUCGCGCAGUCGCUGAACGACAACGAGUUCGCCACCCGGCUCAACUCGAAGCGCAACGCGGCGGCGAGAGCCGCCGUGCCCUACGCCCUGCAGGAUCUGCAGGGCGCCACGGCCGGAUUCGCCCCGGGCCGGCUGCUCGGUGAAGGAACCAUCGGCCGCGUCUACAGGGCCAAGUACGCCGACAACAAGGUCCUCGCCGUCAAGAAGAUCGACUCCUCCUACUUCCACGACGGCGAUGAAAACGCCGACUUCCCGGAGAUCGUCGCCGGCAUCUCGAAAGUGCACCACCCCAACAUCGUGGAGCUCGUCGGGUUUUGUUCGGAGCAAGGGCACAACAUGCUGGUGUACGAGUACUACCGGAACGGCUCGCUCCAUGACUUUCUCCACAAUUCAGGGGAUUUCAGCAAUCCGCUUACUUGGAAUACACGCGUCCGCAUCGCUCUGGGGACUGCUCGGGCCGUCGAGCAUCUUCACGAAACGUGCUCGCCGUCGGUGGUCCACAAGAACAUCAAGUCCUCUAACAUUUUACUGGACCUCGAUCUUAAUCCCCACCUCGGCGAUUACGGCUUGGGAACCUUCCAUACGAGGACAAGCCAGAACCUAGGAGCAGGGUACAACGCGCCGGAGUGCACGACGCCGUCGGCCUACUCGAUGAAGAGCGACAUCUACAGCUUCGGCGUGGUGAUGCUGGAGCUGCUCACCGGCCGGAUGCCGUUUGACCAGACGAAGCCGAAAUCGGAGCAAUCGCUGGUGCGGUGGGCGACGCCGCAGCUGCACGACAUCGACGCGCUGGCGAAGAUGGUGGACCCGGCGCUAAGGGGUUUGUACCCGCCCAAGUCGCUGUCGAGGUUCGCCGACAUCGUCGCGCUGUGCGUGCAGGUGGAGCCGGAGUUCCGGCCGCCGAUGUCGGAGGUGGUGCAGGCGCUGGUGACGCUGGUGCAGCGGUCCAAUAUGAACAUGAAGGAUGAUCUCACGGCUUCUCGUCGGACCGAAGACCUCGAUUACUGAUCAUCGUCGAUCGAAGUUAAUUACCGCUAGUUGAUUAAUUAACGAGAUUUUAAUGUAGGUGGCGUCGAGCGCGAGACGAUCAGGGCUGCUGUUCGCUAGUUUCUUCUUCUUCCACACCUGCACAAAACCCUCGUCGCACCUCUCGACCAAGAACAAGUGAGAUAAUGAAGAAGAAUCAGUUUUGAUCAACCAGAGAGGGAUUUUCCUCUUUGAGUUUGCUGCUGUGAAUAUGUCGAUGGGCCUGAGCCCUAAUGCAAACACACCAAAGUCCACAGAAUUAUCUUGGGGGUUGUUUGGAUGGAUCAAAGAGAUGAGUCAAUGUGCUCCAAUUAACUCAAAAUGAGACAAUUGGGUCAAAUUGUCUCAUUUGGUUGCAACAAGUAAGAAUGAGGUAAUUGGACAUGAGGCAAUUGAAAUUGCUUCAUUAUGGGUCAUUGUCAAUUACUUGGGUGAGAGGGAGGUAAUCUACAUUGCUCCAUUUUGUGGGUCACUUUUCCCAAUCUAACCUUUUUUAUUUAAUUUUUUUUUCUUUCUUCCUUUCCCAAGAUGGAAAAGGGUAAAAGAAUGAGGGCAAAUAUGUAUUUUUAUAAAAUGUCUCGUCACAAUUGUCUCAUGCCAAAUCACAAGCCAAACAAGACAAUUAUGUAAACAUUUCAUCAUACAAUUAGAUCAUUUUCUAAAAUGAUACUUUUGUCCCAAAUUACCUCAUUUUGAGAAUGUUCCAUUCAAACGACCCCUUGGACACAAGUGCUAUCUGAUGCAACUCAAAGCCCAAUAAAAGUACACUUUUAAUGAAUCCUUACCAAUGCUAAAAACGAAGCGUUUCACAAACCUGGUAGUGCCCUUCUUCUUUCUCUUGCUCGAUCAAAACUCCCUGCACUUUAAGAAUCAAAACCAAAACACCAAGAACAGAACAGAACCUAAUUGAACAGAAAUGCAGGAAGCAAAUAAACGACACUGCACACGAAUUUUUACGUGGUUUCCAACGUUGAGAGAAUGAGGAUCUCAACGUUGACUAGUCCACGGUCGGAGUUACGCUUCUUGCGCUCUCCGACGAUUCACUGUGAAUCUGUCGAUGAAGUUCUUUGUGAAAGUACAAUCCUCACUAAUCCUAGUCGAUCAGCUACCCAGCACAAUCGACACACUCUUUUCAACCCCUCUAUCAACUACCCAGCUAACAGAGUACCCUCAUACACCCCAAUAUCAGAACCCAGAAACCCUUACGGUUCCUGUGCUGACUUUUCACUCAACCCCUCUCUUGCUCGCACACUUUGCAGCUAGUUUGAUAUGAUCGCAAUGAAAAGUCUGCUCUGCA